GAUAUCUGUGAUUUCAUGCGGUUAUUUCUGUUUCCUCUGUGCUUUCCAGGAAAUGCCAGUGAGUCAGAAGAAGAACACACUACUGGAAGCACAGAAAGCCAGGCGUUCCCCAGCACACAUCGGGUGCCAGACCCCAACUUCCCUCCCCUCCACACCAAGAUCGACGUCAUCAAGAAGGGCCAUGCCAAAGACAGCCAGCGCUACAAAGUGGACUACGAGUCUCAGAGCACGGACACCCAGAACUUCUCCUCCGAGUCCAAACGGGAAACAGAAUACGGCCCUUGCCGCAGGGAGAUGGAGGACACCCUGAACCACCUCAAGUUCCUCAAUGUGCUGAGCCCCAGGGGUGUGCACAUUCCGAACUGUGACAAGAAGGGAUUUUAUAAGAAAAAGCAGUGCCGCCCUUCCAAAGGCCGAAAACGAGGCUUCUGCUGGUGUGUGGACAAGUAUGGCCAGCCACUCCCAAGCUAUGAUGCUAAAGGGAAAGGUGAAGUCCACUGUUACAACAUGGAGAGCAAGUAGACGCCUGGACUCAGUGUGCUGGACUCGACCUUGACUUAAUGUGGAGCUCAAAUACGCCUUAUUUUGCACAAAAAGACUGCCAAGGACAUUAUCAACAGCUGGCUACAGCCUCAAUUUUUAUUUCUUUUUGUAGUGAAUUAAUCCUUUUUUUAAAAAGGGGUCUAGAGAGUAAUUUUUUAAAUGUCUGUGAUUUUUCUUAGUGAUAAACUUGAGCAUCUUCCCGCUGACCAGUAGUGAUUGGAGGGCAGCUUUAUUUUUCUUGGGCCGUCAUAUGAGCCCCAGCAAAAGUGCCACACAGGACUCAGUACCUCCCAAGCCCAGCCGCUCCUUCAUGAAGCCGUCCCCUUGGACUUUGUUCCCGAAGCAAUUGUUUUGCUUACAAGAGUACAUCCUGGCAUCACUUCUUACUGUACAAUGAGCACAGACCUUCACAAGACUAGAACAACACUCUGUUCUUCUUGUCAGUUGGACAUCCUGAUGCUCCGUAUCAUGGCUUCAAACCUGGAGUGUACCAUCUUUGAGCAAAGACCUGGUUUCUUCAACCAAGAAGAUCCUUCAUAUCUGCAUGUAAUGGAAACCGCCCGAGAAAAAAGUUUUGGAAAGAAUAAGAUAGGGUCUUGCUUGUUUGCUUUUUUCAUUUUAAAAGAAAGAGCCAGAAUGCUGUAGGAAACUCUGGAAGCAUAUAAGCAGGUAGGUCUGGCUCCCUUUUGUCAAAAGCUCCCAGAGGCUCAGCUAGUUAUAAGCUCCCUCCUUACCUUUCCUUCAGGUGGAAGGUAAGGGGGUUUGGUAAGAAGCAGCCCUCCAUCGUCCUGGGCAUCACAAAUAAUAGCAGAACUCUUCAGACUGACAGGAAAAAAAAGUGUUACACAGUUCAACAACUCAAGACAAAGUCGAUUUCUGAGAUUAACCUCGUUAAAGACAGAGGUUUAUUUCCAACUCUUGCCAUUUGCCCUCCUUGGCACGAUUGGGUAGAUCUGUAUCCACAGAAGAAAGACGACUGGCCGGGUGAGCACGCAGUCAGCCAUGCUUGUUGACUUUGGACUUGUUUUAUGUUUUUCUUUAUAAUUCACACAUAUAUGCUGAGAGAAUACUUUAAUUAAGGAUUAACAUUUUAUACAAUAUAUGCCAAAUAUAAUGGGGCUCUGUACUAGAUAAUCAAUCCUAGGUGAGAUGUUGGAGACAGUCAACCUGAGAUGGCCAUGAUUUGGAGGGUCCAUUCGUAAGAGCCACACUCACUUAGAGAUCACCGUCCCUCCGUGUAUGGAGAGUGACAGUUUAUCCCAUAAGCCCAGGAAUGGGGUGCAUGAUGGGACAGGGCUUUGACCAGAACCACCAGUGCGACACCCUGCAGAGAGUCUUCGUUACAAGGGAAUCUCAAGGCAUCCUACCUAUUUGUUACCUGUUAUUUUAGUUAAUUUGGGGGUGAGGGAAAGUAUUUUUGCAAAGCGUAAGUCUUAAAAUGUAUUUAUAAAUAGUAAAUAAACAUUUUACCAUAAAAAGUC